CCUAUCGUCGUGCGAUUAGUCGAAUCGUGAUCGUCUUCUUUUAUCGUUUCUUCCGACCCGUUACCUUUGUCCUCUGCUAUUACGAUCUCGGCGCCUGCGAGGUCGGGAGAGAAAGCAAGGAGGAGGAAGAAGCAUGGCGAAUCCUCUGCAGGCGCACGUCACAGACGAGACCGACGCGGAGAACACGGAAGUGAAAUCCUCGGAGUGUAACAGCGGCAGGAUAUCGCCUCCGCGGAUGCCGCAACCAACGCAGCUCACCAUCUUCUACAAUGGAGCCGACAGUGUCUACAAUGGAGUUCCUCCCGAAAAGGCGCAGGCAAUACUGCUCAUUGCUGCUGCUGCAACGGCAGCGUCUAGGGCUGCGAAUAAGGUCGGUCCGACUGCUGCGGCGGCAGGUUUGCCGGCACUCACAAGAUCUCUGUCGCUGCAGAGCUCCAAUGCGGGCAUGCGAAAGAUCAUAGUCCCGCGUGCCCAGAUUUUUCUCGGUGUCAGCAGCCCCCUCUGCAAGCAGCAAGCUGAGCUCCCCAUGGCAAGAAGGCACUCGCUUCAGUGUUUCUUGGAGAAACGCCGCAACAGGUUGGCAGGCAAGGCACCAUAUGCUUCAGUGAAACCACCAGAUGACAUAGAAAUGACUUACGAGCAAAAGCUUGGUUACAACUGUCACUGAGCUUCGACUUUGACAACUUCAACCUACUAAGAUUAAUAGCUAUGACC